GUUUUUAUUUAGGAAGAAAUAUUUUGGCAUAAUGUGAAUACCACACACAGUUUUCGGCCCUUUUAUUUCAAAAUUUAUAGUAAAAAAAUUUGGCCCUAUCAUUUAUUUCAAAUUUUUGUGGACCAUGAUACCACAUAAACUUUUGAUUGGAUGGAUGAAAAUUAGUUUAAACUCUGAUAGUAUUCUUCGCGCUGCAAGGAAAUCUAUAUUUAAUAACUUACGAUUUAAAAGUAGUGGAGGUUCGUUUGCACCGAGCUUUUCAAAACGUUUAGAAUGCACACCGUUAUUAAGUCGACCUCAAUCUUUCAAUUUAAUCCAAAAACGAUUAGUAUAUCAGGAUGCUGCUCCACAAACUUUACCACGGCUUAUUUAUAUGCCAAAUGUGUUUAGGUGGAUGAAACAUAAAUUCGAAUUUUGGAUCUUAGCACAUUGGGAUCCAGACUUUAAUGAAGGUGCUUUUAGAUAUGGAACUAGACAGGCUGUUUCAACUAUAACAAAUGUAUUACAAACUCGAAAAUACGAGCAAUUAUCAGAUUUAAUGACACGGAACGCUCGUACAAUGUUAAUAUAUGAAUUUGAAACAAGAUGGCCAAGCACCUAUAAAGAUAUAGUCGCAUUGAAGCCCGAAGAAAUUCAAUUAAUUAUACCGCGAAAAUUGGCAUUUAAUCGUUCGUUAGGUAGAAGAAUUUGUGAAGUUGAUUUAGUAUUCAUUGGAUUAAAAUGGUCCGAAUAUCGAUCACGACGUGCAAUGGUGUUUAUGGAAACAUUUGCACGUUUCAAACGUGAUUUCGAUAAUCGACUUGUUCCAGAAUGGACAAUCUCAUUGUUUAAAAUACAUAGAUUUCAAAUUAUUCAUAGGCGAACAAUCAGUGUGUGCUGAUUGAAAAAUUAAAUUUUAGUUUAUACGUGUCCGUAAAUAAAUGAC